AUGGGUGUUGCAGACAAUGAAUAUAUUUCAGUUCCAACUGGUGAACCAGUUCAACAACAACCACAAACUACAUCUGUUGUUUUUGGAGCUCCACAAAGCUAUUAUCCACAUCAACAACCACAAAUCAUUUUAAGUGCACCAACAACCACCGCUUCAACCUCAACUACAGAUUCAACUGUUGUUGAAGAAAAUCCAGUUUGUUGUGAUCGUUGCGAUUUAGAAAAUAAAGUCAAAUAUCAACGUUACUCAACCGUUGGUCCAUGGUUAUACCAAAUUAUCAUUUUAUUCUUUUCCCAACAAUUUUUACUUUUCAGUAUUGCUCCAAUUUUAGGUCUAUUUGCAAUGUACACUCAAAAUAGAUGUAUUGUUGUUAUGCAUUUCUUAACAGCUGCAUUCUAUUAUAUUUUCAGUGUUAUUUUCUUAUUUAGUGGAGAUCAAAUUAAUACCAUUUUAUUAUCAAUUCUCUUUUCUAUUAUUUUCACUCUCUCAUUAAUGAACUAUAGUAGAUAUAUUAAAACCUUAAACAAAUUAGCAAACGUUGGUGAAUGUUUACAAUCAACUAUCAAUGGUUCUGGUUUUGAAGUCACAAUUGAAUCUCAACCAACUCCAACCACUAUUCCACAACCAAUCGUUCAACCACAACCAAUCUAUGUUUCACAAUUACCAAUGAUGAUUCCACAACCAUCAUCACAACCACCACAAAUUAUUGUUCCACAAAUCGUUUAUGAUGCAAACCAUAACCCAAUCUAUCACUUAAUCCCAAUUCAAAACAGUAACCAACAUUAA